AUGGGCUGUGGUCGUGGAGCACCGGGCAGAGGUGCAAGUCAUACUGAGGCGAGGCAACUGGCACUGGUUUAUGUUGCACAUCAUCGAAAGGAUGAGGAUGCUCGGAUGUCAUUACGGAUAUUGGGUUUUAUGGCUGUAAACACUAUGAGUGACAUUAUUGUUCUAAGUCCACUAGGCCAGUCCGUUCGGAUAAAUAAGAUGUUUAAAGAUGUUCCCUUGGAGAUACAAGGAGUUAUCUUUCUGGCUGAUCUUAUGGAGCUGCCUUUUGAAGAAUUUGACCUAAUACUAGGCAUGGAUUGGUUAGUUAAACAUCGGGUAAGCGUGGAUUGUGCCACUAAACGAGUUGUACUGAGAACUGAGGCAGAUGAGGAGGCCGAGAAAUUGGUUUGCAAGGGUUGUGAGGUGUUCCUAGCCUACGUUAGUGUUUUAGAUGUUGGGGACUCUUCGGUGAAGGAUAUUAUAACAGUUAGGGAUUUUCCCGACGUCUUUCCUAAAGAGCUACCAGGGUUACCUCCAGAACGUGAAGUGGAGUUUGCGAUUGAGCUCCUUCCUGGUACAGCUCCAGUGUCCAUCGCCCCUUGCAGAUAG